AGGUCGCACAAGGACUUCUGAAAGGUACACGCACAAGCACACACACCGCUGUGUGUGUGUGUGUGUGUGUGUGUGUGUGUGUGUGUGUGUGUGUGUGUGUGUGUGUGUGUGUGUGUGUGUGUGUGUGUGUGUGUGUGUGUGUGCGUGCGCGCGUGAAAUGCAACACCCGGCUGGGGAAACAGGUUUGCUGAUAUUUAAAACAGCUUGACCCGGAGAGAAACCAAACAACUGUCUGCGCUAAUAUUAGAAGCGUACGCGCGCGCGCGCAGCCGUCGCGCUGCCACGUGACCCGAGAUUGACACUUUUGUCUGCCGGACAACAAAAGACCACCCGGAAGCACGUGAGUGACAUCUUUUAUCGUCCAAAGAUCUUAUUUCUGUGCGGGGAGAAAGUUGUCACCUGACUGCGAGUGAAAAACUUUGCACAAAAAAAAAAAAAAAAAAAAAAAAGAGGGGAGGAGAAGAAGGGAAAAAGUCUCCCCACGCCCACAGGUUCCCGCCCACCAGAGACAGUGAAGCCGAGACCCUUAUAGACUUAAAACGAGGCUGCGUUCUCCCGCGGACACUUCUUGACGUGAACGUUACUUCUGCAACUUGUGCUCCUGCGCCAUCAUGUUUGGGAUGCUGAGACAUCUUCGGCCGGGCUUCUUCUUCUUCUUCUUCGUCUUCUUCUGCCUCCUCGUGGAGCAUCACAAAGUUCAAGCGGGCAACUGCUGGCUGCAGCAGGGCAAGAACGGCCGCUGCCAGGUGCUCUACAUGCCGGGCAUGAGCCGGGAAGAGUGCUGCAGGAGCGGCAGACUCGGCACAUCGUGGACCGAGGAGGACGUCCCCAACAGCACCUUGUUCAGGUGGAUGAUCUUCAACGGCGGAGCCCCCAAUUGCAUACCUUGCAAAGGUGGAGAAACGUGCGACAACGUGGACUGCGGCCCCGGCAAGAGGUGCAAGAUGAACCGGAGGAGUAAACCGCGGUGCGUGUGCGCGCCGGACUGCUCCAACGUCACGUGGAAGGGACCCGUGUGCGGCUCGGACGGCAAGACCUACAAGGACGAGUGCGCCUUGCUCAAGGCCAAGUGCAAAGCCCAGCCGGACCUGGACGUGCAGUACCAAGGCAAAUGCAAAAAAACGUGCCGUGACGUGCGGUGCCCCGGCAGCUCCACCUGCGUGGUGGACCAGACCAACAACGCCUAUUGUGUGACGUGUAAUCGGAUUUGUCCCGAGGUGACGUCACCCGAGCAGUACCUGUGCGGCAACGACGGGAUCGUGUACGCCAGUGCGUGCCACCUGAGGCGCGCCACCUGCCUGCUGGGCCGCUCCAUCGGGGUGGCCUACGAGGGCAGAUGCGUCAAGGCCAAGUCAUGCGAGGACAUCCAGUGCAGCGCCGGCAAGAAGUGUCUGUGGGACGGCCGCAUGAGUCGAGGACGGUGCUCGCUGUGCGACGAGACGUGUCCGGAGAGCCGGACAGAGGAGGCGGUGUGCGCCAGCGACAACACCACCUACCCCAGCGAGUGCGCCAUGAAGCAAGCCGCCUGCUCCGUGGGGGUGCUGCUGGAGGUCAAACACUCGGGAUCUUGCAACUCCAUCACAGAAGACCCGGUGGAGGAUGAUGAGGAAGAUGAAGACUACAAGGCCUAUGUCCAUUUAUCAUCUGUACUGGAUGGAUAGACCCCUCCCCCCACACCCUCAUAUGACACCACCCCCCUUCAGUAUGUCCAUACUGUACAUUAUGUGUAUGCUUAUUUAUUUUUGAAACAAAAAGGAAGUAUACAUAUAGUUCAGUCUGCUAGAUGUUUAUUUAUACUUUUGUUGUCUUUUCUAAUUUAUACAUUUACUAUGUCGGGCUUACGAUCUUUAUUACCACUCUCCCUUUGUUUUUUGUGUGUGUUCUCUUUUUUUUUUUAUAUCAUGAAGAAAUAUAUUUGUCCAAAGAGAAACAGUGUUAUUUAUUUGUCAUUUUUUGACCGUGCAAGUACAAAAGCUGUAAAUGGCAUUCCGCUUUCAUUCAGCUGUGAAAACAAAACAAACAAAAAAAGUUGCUUGUCGCCGUCAAAUCUCUAUCACAGGUGUUUAUGUCACACUUACGCAAAUGCAUGUUUAAGCUGUGUGUUUAUUUAUUGGGAAUAUAUCUUUUUUUAUGUACAGUUUCUGGUUUGUUUACAGAUCACAAUAACUGACCAAAGGGAUUCUCUCAAUGGUUUUUCAACAAAAAAAGAAAAGAAAAAAAGGACGCAGCAGUAAUUACGUUUUUCCCUUCCUGGUUUUCAGUUCACCUUUAGGCCUUUUAGGAUUGUAGACGUUGUAAACACAAAAGAGGUACAUUUGGCGAUAAUACUUGAUGGAAACAUUGUGCCAUUUAACUUGUGUGUGUGUUUGUAUGUGUGUGUGUGUGCGUGUGUGUGUGUGUGUGUGUGUGUCUGUGUGUUAUUAUUUGCCAAUAUUGCUCCUUCAGAGCUCCAAUAAGAUGAACUGCAGUAUUUGACAAUAAUAUUUUAUCUUUCUCUCUCUCAGUUUUAUUGUCCAAACAUCACAAGAGAAAUACACAAAUUCUCUUACGAAUAUAUAGUUUUGUAUUUUUUAUGUAAAUGUCAUAUGUACAUAACAAAGUUUGAGGGUAUUUGUACAGAUAUGAAAAGUAAAACAAUAAAAGGUUUUUUUCCUUAUA